CUCUCAUCCUUCCUUCCUUUCUUUCUUUUCCUCUUUCCCUCCUUCUUUCUUUCUUUAUUUCUUUCUUUUCUUUCUUUUCUUCUUUCCUUCUUUGCUUUGCAUCUGUCUUUUGCCCCUUCCUCCUCCUCUUCUUCCUCUUCCUCCUCCUCUUCUUCCUCCUCUUUUUCCCUUUACGUUUACACAUAUUACAAUCUAAUAAUCAUGACUGAGGCCCCUCCUAUGCAUCCGGCUGAGCCUGUCAGCAAGGACGUCACUGCAAAGGACAUUGCUAACCUCUACUCCCGUAUUCACAAUCUCAUCGAGACCGUCAAGGAACCUCAGCAGAGGGCCUCUGCUGCCCUCAAGGAACCUACGCCCGUAGACCCCACCGCUGCCCCUGCAGCCAAUGGUUCAGUAAAGGAUGAUGCACCAGCUACUACAACUGCUACUGCUGCUGCUACUACGACUCCUACCACCGUUACUACUACAACAACAAAGGACCUGGAUGAGACCAUUUUAAUCGAUGGAGAGUGUCCCUGUCACAGAGUUUGCUCCAACCUCGCUUCACGUGCAUGUGGUCUCUGUGAACGCAUCAUCCCUGCUGUUGCUGAAGCACAUAACGAACGCACCCUUCUCCUGGAAGAACUGGAGCAAACAAACGCUCGUCUGGCAGAGGAACAGAAGCGCGCCUCCGCCGAAUCAAUCGAGGCAGAGGUUUUGCGUAAAAAAGUCGAGGAUCUCGAAGAUGCGCUGGACGCAAAAACGGAUGACUACCUCAGCGCUCAACGUGAUCUGGCCAUCCUGAACGACAAGUAUGUGGACGAGAUCGAAAAGGUUGCAGAGCUGCAACAUGCCAAGGAAAUGGUCGAGGGAGAGCUCGAGGAACUGAGUCGUACCCUGUUCGAAGAAGCAAACGGCAUGGUCGCUUCAGAGGCCAGGGCCAGACAUCAACUCGAAUUGACCCGCAAGCAUCUCGAGCUGGAGCUCAAGGACGCUCAGGAGCGCCUCGCUGCAGAGACAUCCCAGCUCAAGGAACUCAAGACAAAGAUGGAGCAAAUGAUCGAUACUCAACCCCAAAGCAAACGGUCCUCCACCGACCCUGCUCACCAGAGCAAUGUCGAUCUUGGCCAACUCUUCGGACUCAACAAAAUCUCUGUGCCCGAAGCCGAAGCAGAGGAGCCCGCCACAACAAUCGCCAUCGACGGACAUUUGAUGCACGAGUUCAAAGAGUUUGUGGCCCAGAGCUCGACUGUCCGUCUCGCAAAGAUCCACAGCCUGCCCUUCAUGCGCCAUUGCCAGGACGAAGAUGUGGAACCCUGUUUGCGCUUUGGUUCCAACCCUAGAAUCUCGGCCAGGAAACUCACAGAGGGUAUCUGCUCCAAUACCUGUUACAUCGAAGAGGCUACUCCAGAGCAGGUCAGGGAGUAUGAACGCAUGGUCCUUGCUGCCCAGCAGCCUCCCUCGCCCGCCCGUGGCCCCGCCACCAACAAGAACAUGCUCUGGGAGAGACUCCAGACCCAGUAUGCACUGUACCAGGCACCAAAAGGUGGCUGCCAGACCUGCGGUCGAUCCGGUCCACUAACACAUCGCUACCGUCUCGCCACAUCGGACGAAUGGAACUUCAUUGAUCGUUUCUGCCGUGAUCGCAUCGUCGCUGCCUGUGAAUUCUACAUCUUUAUCCGUAAUAUCCGCGCUGGUCUGUACUCCACACGCACAAUCGAGGAUCUCUAUUCAGAGAGUCUGCGUCUCCGUCUUCAAAUGUUCUAUGCACGUGCCGGAGUCUUGCCAAUCAUGCUCUCAGAGCUCGGGGUAUCCUCGCAGUCAAUCGGCAAUAUGGGACCCUCGGGUGAGUGGCCUGCGGAGGAGGACGUACAUGGUGCGAACGAUACACAUGAUCCGAAUGAUGUACCAUCAUCCAAAACCUCGCUGGAAAAAAGAGAAAUCACUGCAGUAGAGACUGAAGAAUCAAAGAUGACUGUCGAGACUGCAAUUGCUGCUGUAAGCGUCACCGCGACCACAACCUUGGCAUCGGCUGGACCCGAGUCAACUAAUCCAUGGACCUCAGACGACAAGACAGCUACGGCCUAACUUGUGUUUUUUUAUGGAGACAUCUCAAAAUGAUAUUCCAUUAAAUCAAUAAAAUUAUAUAC